AUGAACUCUUCAUCUGAGCACUGCAACAUCUCGGACUGGCUGAGGCUAGAAGCCACCGUGAAGGCCUCUGUCUAUGUGGUCACUUUCUCCUUUGCCACGUUUAUCACGAUCAUUGUUAUUGCCAUUGUGUCCCAGAAUCUGAAACUGAGGAAAGAAGUCCGCUACAUUCUCCUCUGUCACCAUCUCCUGUGCAUCUCCUCCUACUGUGGCCUGGGCAUUGUUUUCCAGGGGAUGCGGGCUCUGCUGGCCAAUAGCCCCCUGCUGGUGUGCUGGGUGGUGUUUGGGCUCCAGCUGAGCCUUGGGGAAGGGAUCCUCUUCACCCUGGCCUUGAUGGCUCUCAACACAUACCUGGCGAUUUGCUGGCCUUUGAGCUCUCCAUCCCUUGUCAGCUCCUUUAAGUACAGGAUUCUGGCUGGGACGUGGGUCACGAUUAUACUCAAGAACAUUUGCUUAUUCUUGAUUGAGAGCACCAGCGUCACUCCAGCUGAUGUUUUAAAACCAGAACCCUUUUGCCCCGUCCUCUUGAACGGCGUUCCUGCCAGAGUCAUCGGCAUGGCUUUCUUUUGCCUUCCCUUGUCUGUCAUCCUUAUCAGUUACUCUCUAAUAUACCGAGAAGGGAAACGGGCUGGCCAUUUUAACAGGUCAAAUACCCAAGCCAGGAAAACCGUCCUGAUUCAUCUAGUGCAGAUAAGCUUACAUAUCAUUCCCACCCUGGUUUUCAUCGGGUUGGGGAAGGUGUGUGGGGUCUUUUUCUUUUCUUUAAACCUGGUGCUUUUUGGGGUUUUUGCAUUUGCCCAGUGUUUUAACCCUCUGAUCUAUGGGCUUCAUAAUAGAGAGCUGAAGAGCCAGUUACGUCAUUGGGCAUGCUGUCAGCUGUGGUAUGGGCACAUGGCAAACGGCAGUGGGCCAGUGUAG